AAAUGUCGGCCACCUGAAACACAGCAUUAUAUCAUGUCACAACAGAAACACAGAAAACGUGACAGACGUGUGCGUUCCCUAGCCUAUGGCUGAUGUAACAGACGGUCUAGAUAAUGACUCUGAGAUAAAGUGACAACAUUCAUAUGCUGCAUUAACGGUGGUUGAUGUUAAGACCAAGCAGGUUAGGUAGGGUUAGACGCAUCGGAGAAAGAACAUGGAUCCACGCCUCCUGUUUAUAUGGACUGUAGCUGUGCUGGCUGGAUCGCUCUGUGGACAAGAGGUGUUCAAGAAUAACGGGAUCGAAAGUGAUAAUUUCGCCAAUAAUUGGCGAUGUCGACAGUGUGUAUUGGAACAAUCUCCCAUCAAACACACUGGAAAGUUCAGUGGAAAAGUUACUAAAAGGCGGCACGACUACUCCGGGCCAACUCAGUCCAUCAGUCUUACCAAGGGGGCUUUUUAUGAGAUAACAUCCUUUGUGAAGUUGUUGAACGACAAGCCGGGCGAGGUCCACACCAGGAUAUCAGCCACUCUCCACGUGAGGUAUUCGGACGGCACGCAAGAAUGGAAGAAAGUGGCCGUAGGUUCUUAUAUGAGGUCCACAGAUGACUGGAAAGAAGUUGGAGGGUCUUUUAGAGCACCUGAAAAAGAUUUUAAACUGGCCGAAAUUACAUUUUCGGAUCCGGAUCCGUCAGUGUCUUUUCUCCUUGACAGCGCAUCUCUGCAGCGGAUCCCAGAACUGACUGGCAACUGGAAAAUCAAUGCACUUCAAAGAAUUGAACAAAUCCGGAAGGCAGAUUUAUCUAUCGAUUUAUCUGUAGGGGAUGAGUAUGGCCUGAAUGACAUAGAAGUGGAGGUAACGCAAAUCAGAAGUGAGUUCGCAAUGGGGGGCACUGUCCGUGCGGACGCCAUUGUUGCUGCAAGCGAAAGGAAAUUUCACAAGUUUGUCGAAGAAACCUUUGAAUGGACUACAAUAGCUAAUGCAUUAAAAUGGAGGAUGAUGCAGAGGAACCAAUAUCCAAUUAACUCUGAGAGACCAAAACUUGCCAUCGAAGAACUGUUGUCCCUUGGCAAAAAGAUCAGAGGACAUAACGUUGUCUGGGGUGUGGAGCAAUUUAUUCCCACGUGGGUAAAGACGUUAUCAAAAGAAGAAAUCAAGGGGGCGCUUGAUACGAGAAUCAAGGGUGUUAUCAACACAUUUAAAGGAAA